GACCUACUGCAGCUACAGCAAUGGCGCCUACAAUCAUUUCAACAGCAGAUUACCCAAAGGAACACCUGAGUCUGAACCUUAAGAUAAGAAAACCCAUUGUGGAGAAGAUGCGCAGGGAUCGCAUUAACAAAAGUAUUGAGGACCUCAAGGAUCUCCUGGGUCCACAGCUCCUCAACCAGCAGCCCGAGUCCAAGCUGGAGAAAGCUGACAUCCUGGAGAUGACCGUUUGCCUCCUGAGACGACAGCUCCAGCAUAAGACUCUGCCUUCAUCUGAUGAUGUUCUUCAGGGAUUCUCCACGUGUGCCAAAGAAGAUGUUCACUUCCUGUCAAAAAGUCAUGGAACUGUGCUGAGCCACUUCCGGACCCAGAAGCCGUCCUCUGAUGAGGACAUGCCAGAUCAAGCCCUGCCUCAGAUUAGUGUGCUGAAUCAGCACACACUGAGCAAAGAGAAGAGUCCAGCCAAGAUCGCCCCCUGGAGGCCUUGGCAGAAAACUGAAGUAUAGUUCAACAUGAACUAAGACUGUCAUUGGUUAAUCCUGCAAAUGCAGGCGUUAUGUUUUCUUUUUUAUCUGAAAAGAAUGUAAGAUCAUUUCCAGGAUGAAAUAUGGAAUACCAUAUCUGUGAUAUGGACUGCCAAUUGUCUUCAGGGAAGACUUUCUUACACGUGGCAAGUUCUAUAAUUUGCAAAAUAGCCAUAUUGGUGAUAUUUUCACAGCUGAAAAUAACUCAAAUGCUAUGUUAUUGUAAUAAUGACUACACCCUGUUUACUAAGUAAACUGUUGUCUCUUUGGAAAUUGCACUGACUUCAUUAAUGGAGUUUUCUUAAUGAGGGAUUUUUUUUUAUCUCAACAAUGAGAAAUGUAAAACUUUCUUAACAUUUAAGAAACAUGAAUGUUGUGCUUUCAAUGAAAUGCAUCUCUUAUGUGCUGUAAUAACCACAAAUAGCAUUGAUGUAAAGCUUCCAUUGUCUUUUAUAAAGACCUGUUAUGCUUUUUCUCAUUAGAGAACAACUUGUUGACUAAUGUCACAUAGACAAGGAUUUUGUUCUAAGAUGUUAGAAACUGAUUUAAUUAAUGGGAAUUCUCAAGGAGGGAGGUUUUCUCACUUACCUUAACAAUGGGAGAAAUUUUACACUUUCUUAACAUUUAAGAAACUUGAAUGUUGUGUUUUCAAUGAAAUGCAUCUCUUAUGUGCUGUAAUAACCACAAAUAGCUUUGAUAUGAAGCUUCCAUUGUCUUUUAGAAAGACCUGUUAUAUUUGUCUCAGUAGAGAUCAACCUGUUCAACAAUGUCAAUAGACAAUAAUUUUGUUCUAAGUUGUUAAACAUUUUUAUUGAUUUCAAAUGGCUUAAUUCUCAAGCCAGAAAAGUACAAUAAAUCAAUCUCUGCAUA